GUAUUGCGGGAGUACUCCACCUGGAGAGACUACUGCCAGAGAAUCAUGUCACGACUAUUGAUGCAUUAGUGGCUAGAGACCGAGCUAGACAUGCUCGGUUUCUACGAACAGCCACUAGUGGACUCGUCAAUUUUCCACUCAACAGCUCGUUCGACCUUAAUAAUAUUGGCAUAUAUUAUACAAAAGUGAAAGUGGGAUCACCGCCCAGAGAAUAUAAUUUAUUGAUUGAUAGUGGAAGUGAGAUCUCAUGGAUUGCAUGCAGUUCUUGUGACACUUGUCCUCAGACCAGUGGACUUGGGGUCAAGCUAAACUUUUAUGAUAGUGGCAACUCAACAACUGCCACUUCCAUUUCUUGUUCAACCCGUGGGUGCGAAUGUACUAGGACAAACCGAUGUGGUUUUACCCUGAGUUACAUGGACGGAAGUAGUACAACAGGCUAUCUUGUGUCCGAUGUUUGGCAUUUGGACACAUUUUUAAGCACUUCGUCAACCUCUAGCUCUUCAGCACCAAUCAUUUUUGGGUGCAGUACCACUCAACUUGGUAGUCUGGUCCUGUCAGACAACGCAAUUGAUGGAAUUCUCGGGUUUGAUCGACGUAGUCUUUCAAUAAUAUCUCAGCUUUCUUCGCAUGGAAUUUCUCGCAAAGUAUUCUCGCAUUGCUUGAAAGGAGAGAGCGACAAUGGAGGAGGUAUUUUAGUUCUCGGUGAAAUUCAGAAUCCGAGCAUGGUCUAUACUCCGCUAGUUCCAUCAACGGAGCAUUACAAUGUGGAUUUGCAGAGCAUAGCUGUGAAUGGAAAACUUUUGCAUAUUGAUCCAGCAAUAUUUGCAACCUCAGAAGAUCGAGGAACUAUUUUUGACUCUGGAACCACUCUGAUUCAUCUUGUUGCAGAGGCGUACGACUCUGUUAUUAGUGCGAUAGCUGUUGCUAUUUCAUCUUCUGUCGAGUCAAUCAUGUCAGGAAUGACUCCAUGCUAUCUAAUUUCUUCCAGCUCCCCAAAUAAUGUAACAGAGAUCUUUCCUCGAGUUACACUAAAUUUUGCUGGUGGUGUAUCCAUGGAGUUAAGACCAGCAGAUUACCUCAGUUUUAUGAGCGCUUUUAAAAAUACUUCUACUUGGUGCGUUCUCCUGAUAAAAAAAGCUCCGAGCAUGACAAUUUUAGGAGAUAUUGCUCUUAGAGAUAAGAGCAUUGUAUAUGAUUUGGCUCACCAGAGAAUUGGUUGGGCAGAUCAAGAUUGUUCAUUACCAAUGAAUGUGUCCAUAUCCUCCGGCGUAGAUCAAGUCAUGAAUGUUAGAGCUAUUAAUGUUAGGGAUUGGGGAAUUGUUGCUGAUUCAUGUUUACAUCUGUAUUGUUGUAUUGACGAGGUAUCGGGUUGUGCGACAUUGGAGAAAUUAAAGAAAUUGAAGGUUUUGACUGGUAAAGGAUUUUACUGUGAAGAUAACAAUGAAUUAGUUCAAGUUACUUCUGAUACUCAAUUGUUAGAAUUUGUGAAAGACUUGGUAGAUGGUAAUGAGUUUCAUGUGUAUGUGGUCCAUGAAGUUGAUUUACCAUGGUAUGAUCUUGUUGAUGAAUCUGUGGGUAUAAAUACUGAGGGAACUGUGGAGAAUGAUUUAGAUUUGAAUGGAGUUGAUAUAGAACUGCCUGGAGGUGAUACAAAUCAGAAUGAAGCUGAAUCAGAUCUACCUAGUAGUGACACAUAUGUAGAUGCUAUUCAUAAUGAAGAUGGUUCAGAUGUUGAUGAAGAAUUGAGAUCCCUUAGGGCUGAAAUGAGAAACAAAAGAAAUCCUAAUCUUAGGAAGAAAAGAGGUAGGGAGAAGAAAACAAUAAUUGAAGAAGUACCAAUAGGUGAGGCUGGUGUGGAUAGAGGUUUUGAAGAUAUUGGAAUAAAUAAGAAGGAUAGAUAUGUUGGUAGAUUGGGAGGAGAUGAGAAGUAUAUUGAUAGCUCAAAAUGUGAUAUUGAUGAUAGCACUGAUAUGCUAGAUGCAAAAGUUGUUGGAGGUGUUGAUCUACCAGGUAGAAGAAAGAGCAAAAAGCUCAGGUAUGAUGAUGAAUGUACUGUUGCUAUUUUUGAACUUGGAAUGAUUUUUGAGAAUGCUAAGGAAUUAAGAAAGGCUUUGGCAAAAUAUGGCAAAAUAUGUUGUUGA